GGGAAGUGAUGUCGUCAGAAUCAGAAUCCAAUGAGAGAGUCCGCAUCGUUUCACCAGAUUUUCCAUCCCAUUCCGUUAGAUCUGCUGACGUGUACGGCUCAGAUUCUUCCUCUCUCUCUCUCGUUCGUUCUCUUCUUCAGUAUAUCUCGCUCCUGAAAAAGGGACAUUCUUUUCCUCGCUCUGUAAAUUUUCUGGGAAACAUUUAACGAUUCCGGCAAGAAAAAUCGUCAAGAAACAACAAGAAAUUCUCCGAAUCCACUGGUGGAAACCACCGCUUCAUCUUCGUUGUCACCGAAACCUCUCUUUCGAUUCCCUAAUCUCAUGGAACCCUCCUCUUCGUCGUCUGCACCUCCUCCACCGAUUGCCGCGGGGGCGACGCCUCAGGGCAUAAUUCAGAAAGGUGGCGGUAAUUCGCAACCGUCUCCGAGCCCUACGCCGCCGCCCCCGAACGCAGCCGCGGGACCACAGAUCUCGUCGCCGUCCCCUCUGUCUCACCCAUCUCCGUCGCUGGAUCCGCAAACGCCGAGCCAGCAAAUAGUUCAAGUAACUCAGCAGAAUCAGCAACUGCCUCAGCAGCAGCAACAACAACAGAUUCUGCAGCAAAUCUCUUCGUCUUCCCUUCCUCAAUUAACGCAACAGCAGCAGCAGCAACAACACAUGGGUCAGCAACAAAUUCCCAUGUCGAACUACCAAAUCGCUCAAUCUCUCCAGCGAUCCCCUUCCGUAUCUCGCCUGAAUCAAAUUCAACAACAGCAGUUACAGCAGCAAGGUCAAUACGGUAAUGUAUUGAGGCAACAAGCUGGGUUGUACGGCCAGAUGAACUUUGGUGGGUCGGCUUCAAUUCAGCAGAAUCAGCAAACUUUGCAGCAGAAUCAGCAGACGGGUAAUCCAAACUUGUCUCGUGCGGCUUUGGUUGGGCAAAGUGGCCAGUUGCCGAUGCUCAACGGUGCAGGUGGAGCAUCUCAGUUGAAUAUACAGUCCCAAUUAUUGGCAGCUUCGCCGAAGCAGAAAUCUGGCCUGGUUCAAGGUUCACAAUUUCACCCAGGAACUUCUGGGCAGCAGUUACCGGGGAUGCAAGCGAUGGGAAUGAUGGGUUCACUGAAUUUGAGUUCGCAAAUGAGAGGCAAUGCAGCCCUUUAUGCUCAACAGCGGAUCAACCCCGGGCAGAUGAGACAGCAGUUGUCACAGCAAAAUUCUCUCAAUUCACCUCAGGUCCAAAACCUUCCGAGAACAUCUUCCCUUGCAUUCAUGAAUCCCCAGUUAUCUGGUCUGGCUCAGAAUGGACAGGCUGGUGUGAUGCAGAGCUCCUUGGCUCAGCAGCAAUGGCUGCAGCAAAUGUCAGGAAUGGCCAAUUCACCAUCAUUCCGACUCCAACAGAAUCAGAGGCAGGCUAUGCUCUUGCAGCAGCAACAACUGCCAUCUUCUCAGUUUCACCAAGCUUCUAUGCCCUUGAAUCAACAGCAGUUAUCACAGUUGAUACAGCAGCAGCAGCAGCAGCAACAACCACCACAAAUAGGACAGCCUCAGAUGAGUCAACCUCAGCCACAACAGCAGCAGCAGCAGCAGCAGCAACAACAACAACAACAACAAUCACAACAACAGCAGCAACAGCAACAACUACAACAAAUGCAGCAGCAGCCACAGCAUCAGAAGCAACCGCAUAAGCAAAUGCAGCAACAGCAUCACCUACUCCAAAUCAAUCAACAUCAACAACAACAACCAUCUCCGAGGGUGUCAGGUCCUGCAGGUCAGAAAUCUGUCAGUUUGACUGGUUCACAACCGGAUGCUACCGCAUCAGGUACAACAACACCGGGUGGUAGUUCAAGCCAGGGAACAGAAGCAACAAACCAGUUGCUUGGCAAAAGAAAGAUACAAGAUCUAGUAUCCCAGGUGGAUAUACAUGGGAAAUUAGAUCCUGAUGUCGAAGACCUGCUUUUGGAGAUAGCAGAUGACUUCAUUGAUUCGGUCACUACUUUUGCUUGUAGCUUGGCUAAGCACCGUAAAUCUUCAACUUUGGAGCCCAGGGAUGUACUGCUACACCUAGAGAAAAAUUUGCACUUGACGGUUCCGGGAUUCUCAAGUGAAGACAGACACCGAAAGAAAACUGUUGUACCUAGCGAUCUUCACAAGAAGCGACUUGAAAUGGUGCGCACUUUGUUGGAGUCGUCAAAGCCAGAGACAAAUAAUGCAAGUAAUCCAAGGGAAACUAUUAGACAGGGGAUGGUGAACCCAAUGGGUCCAGGCCCCAGCCAUGUCUUAAGACCAUCACCAAGUUCAGAACAGUUGGUUCAGCAAUCUCCAGGACCUCAUAUGCUGCAACAAAUGACACGUUACUAACCAUCCCAUGAAUCUAAGCGAACUUCUCUGUAGUAUAAAGCUGGGCUUGUGUUAAUUUUGCUAGCUGCUCUGCUCGGUGCGAUGUUCAUCUUCUUGGAGUUAAAAGACAAUGCCUUCCUAAAGAGAAGUGGAAGCACAUAUCAUUGAUGUUUUGGAGAGAGGAGAGGAAUGGGGAGAAGCUCCAAUUUGUAUCAUAAUAUUUUGAUGAUUCUUAUAUAGGAAACCAACGGUACUUAUUCACCCGCCCGCUUCACCCACAGCAAGUGUUAGACUUGUCCAGUUUUUUAGUUUCUUUUUCUUUUGGUGGUUAGUUUCUGUAAUAUUGUAAUUUUGCUCAUCACGUCUUGUGUGCGAACAGAUUUAUCAGUAAAUCGAAUCUUGAUGAACGAUGA